AUGGAGACGUUGCCAAUCGAGAUUCAGCUCCUAGUCAUCCACGCCCUUGAUGAUGGUCAAAAAGAUAAUCUGAUCGAUUUUGAGGGGCAGUCCAAAGAUUUUGUUCCUUUACUUUGCUCCGACUAUCAAUCAGGAACGAGCCUGUUUUGUGCUGUAAAACCUUCCCCUAAUCUCCAGGACCUCCUAUCCAUCGGUCUUGUCAAUCAUUAUUUCAACGUCUUAGUGCACUCGGCACUUAAGCAGAAGAUCGAACGUAUUGGUGGCUUCGAUAUAAUCACUCAUCCCCCGUGGAGCAUUACCUAUACACAGUCUCAGAUGGCAUCAGUAGCGCCACAACCAAAGGAAAUUUUGCAUAGACUCAACACCUACAUUCACGAUAUGAGACACCUGGGAUGCAUGCAAACGUACAGACCCUGGCUUUUCGAACGAACACGACCAGCUCAACCCUUUCCAAUACCUCGACUCCCCAAGAACGAGAGAUUUGAUCCCAGCAAACUGAGCCCGUGUACUUCAGCCGUUUCAAAAUGCAAACAUAUCAAUAUGGGCGUGGACUGGAUCAUUGGCAUCCCGCAGAAUCGUCUGCUGGGUAACGGGCUCCUGGAAGAUGUGACCAUAGUUGCUUGCAUUGAGCUUAAGGCUUUGUGGGGUGAGAUCACACUGACGUAUGAUCGGAAUGUUGACGCCAUUGUUGUUUCCACAAGAGAUAUUGAUUCGGAGCUUUCGAGGGAGAAGCAGAAGUUCGCAAGGGAAAGGCAAAGAAUUGCAAGGGAGGAGAAAAAGAGGCUUGCGAUGGAGAAGAAACAGAGGCUUGCGACGGAGAGGAAGGAGAUGGUCGCGAAGCGAAAGAAGGAGAAGGUUGCGAAGCAGAAGAAAGAGAAGACCGCGAAGGGGUAG